UUUUUAAAUUGUAAUUUUUAAUAUUAUUAUUGAGUAUUUUUACUCGGCAUUCCUAAAUAAUAUUUUUAUUAUAAUUGUUUUACAAUUUUUUUUUUACAUUUAACACAUAGCUUUAGCUAAUCUAGUCAUAGCAUUUUGUUACAUUACAUUAUACACUGAAAAAAAAAAACCAUGUCCAACGUUCAGAAAGUUAUUCGUAAAGGCUUGGGUAAUAAAAAAGAUUAUUUAUUCCACAAGCUGAAGAACGGUAUGCGAUGUUUACUCGUUAGUGUGCCAGAUACGGAAUGCAAAAACAGUUCAAGUGCGCAAGCUACAUACGACAACAGCGAUGACUCAUUGUCCGAAAAUUCCAGUUUAAAUGACCAAGACGAAGAAGAAACUGCACAAGCAACAGAUUCGUGUGCAAUGUCGUUGUGUGUUAAUAUUGGUAGUUUCAGCGACCCGGUCGAAGCUCAAGGAUUGGCUCAUUUAUUAGAACACAUGAUAUCUAUGGGCAGUGAUCGUUACCCGGCGGAAAAUCACUUUGAUCGUUUCCUAUAUCGCAACGCGGGCUAUUCAAACGCCGAAACCUGCUGUGAGUACACAAAUUUUCAUUUCGAAGUUCCUAGUGAAUAUUUCCAAGAAGCGGCAGACAUAUUCGCAAGCAUGUUUCGGGCACCAAAGUUAGCAAAAGAAUCUAUAGACAAAGAAAAACAAGUAGUGGAUUCUGAAUUUCAAAUGGCAAUCACCGACGACGAUAGCCGUAUCCAAAGAUUGUUGUCGAUGUGCGCAGACGAAACCAACCCGGCCGGACAAUUUUUUUGGGGCAAUUUGGACAGUUUGAAACAUGAAAAUUUAAGUCAAAUGGUUGUCGAUUUUUGGAAAAAACACUAUUCUGCUAGCCGCAUGACUCUAGCCGUCCAAAGCAAGCAGCCAACCCACGAGAUGAUCCGAUGGGUUGACGACUUGUUCAGUAAUAUUCCUACGGAUAACGAACCGCCGCCGACGUUUAACGCUAACUCGGAACCAUUUGUUCGCGGUCGUUUUCACAGGUUGACCAAAAUCGUUUCCGUGAGUUCUACGAAAAAAUUAAUAUUGUCUUGGUGUUUGCCGCCUGUAAACAAAUUGUAUAAAUUCAAACCCUUGGAGUACCUAUCGUGGGUGAUAGGUCACGAGGGCAAAGGCACACUGAUUAGCUACUUGAGAAAAUUUAAUUACGCAAUGGAUUUGGAAGCCGGAGUAGAUGACGAUUUUUCAAACAACAGUAUUUACAGUUUAUUCACAAUAACUAUUGAACUGACAAGCUUCGGCUUGACCAAAGUACAGGACGUAAUAGAAUUAACGUUCGGCUACUUGAAUUUAGUCAGGGAGGAAGGCGUGUCCGAGGAUGUUUUCAAACAGUUACAAAUUUUAGCCAGAAAUGAUUUUAAUUUUGCCGAAAGUAAAUCCGCCAUAGACCACGUUACUGAACUUUCGGAAAACAUGUUGUUAUACGACGAAGAAGAUUAUUUGUGCGGCCCAUAUUUAUACGACGAGUAUUCAUCGCAAACCGUUUCCAAGUUUUUAAAUCUAUUAUCGUCCGAUACUGUUGCAGUAUUUAUUUUGGCCAAAGAAUUUGACGGUUUCGAGUCGUUUACAAAAGAUCCCAUUUUCGGAACGCAAUACUUGGCCGAAACCGUAAGCAAAGAAUGGGAAAACAAUUUGUCGACCAUAAAGCCGCAUGAAUAUUUUAAAAUUCCCAAAAACAAUCCAUAUUUAACGACAGAUUUUUCAAUGUUACCGCUCGUCACGGACGACAAAUACCCUCAGAAAAUAUUUGAAAACAAAUUUAUCGAAUUAUGGUUCAAACAAGACGCCAACUUUAAACUGCCCAAGGGUUACAUAAUGUUAAACUUCAUAACGCCACUGCCUUUGAAAUCAUUACAGAACUACAUGUGUUUCGAUUUACUCAUGGACUCUAUUGUGUUUCUACUGAACGAAGACACUUAUCCGGCAGCGAUGGCUCAACUCAGUUACGGCGUUCGAGUGUUCCACACGGGGUUCGAACUGACAUUUGUCGGUUUCAAUGAAAAACUACAUUUGCUCGUCGACAUCGUAAUGGAUUGCAUAAAAAACUACGAGCGACUAAUGACCGAAGACAUUUUCGAAAUGGUCAAACCCAAAUCCGUUAACAGGCUGAAAAACAACCAAUACGAUUUGGAUUUUGUGUCGUGCGAUUUGAAAAACAGUUUAAUACAAGAUCCCGAUUGGGAUUUGGACAAACGGUUACACAGUCUGAAAAAUUUAGAUUACAACAGUCUUAUUGCAUUUUACAGGCAAAUGGACGAAUUCUAUUGCAAAGCGCUGGUCCAAGGAAAUAUUGGCAAAAGUCAAGCCGUUUGUAUUGCUGAAAAAGUUGUAGACGUUUUGCAAUACAAACCGCUGGAAAAAAAAAUGUUUCCAGCGAUGUCGAUAAAAAAACUAAACCCAGGCGACAGCCGUAUCAAGUUGGCCAAUUACAAUCCGAAAGACAACAACUCGAUGGCGUACAAGUAUUACCAAUUCGAUAAGGACAGCUUAAAAGACUCCGUCAAGUACUACGUGCUGCAGUCCAUGAUAGAAGAAUCCGCGUUCGACGAACUACGGACGAAACAAUGUCUCGGCUACGACGUUCAAUUCAACGUUACCAACACCCGUCACCAUUAUGGGUUUUAUUUCAAAGUGGCCCAUCAGAAAAACAAAUUUGAAACGCAUUAUGUAUUCGACAAAAUGGAUGAAUUUCUCAAAGACUUUUGGAAAGAUUUCAACGAUGCCGACGAAGUAGACAAAGUGAAAGAAGCGUUGAUCGCCCUGAAAACGGCUCCAGACGAUUGCCUGGUACAAGAGUUCAACAGGAACAGAAACGAAAUACUAGAAGAACGUUUUAAAUUCGACAGAUUGGAACUGGAAGUAGAAGCGUUGAAAAAUUUAAGCUUUGAAGAUGUGAAAAAUCUCAGGGACGGCUUUUUGACCGACAGCAGGGCGUUUAGCGUUGAAAUCGUCGGAAAUUGUCAGUCGGAAGACGUGCCAGAGUGUUUAGACGACAUCAGAAGUCCGCCCGUAAAGAAAAUAUGCUUACAGGACAACAACGACAGUUACGUUUAUAUUGAAAAUUUGGAUGAGUUCAAACGUAAUUUAACUUCUUAUUGAAAAAAUAUGAUUACUCAAUAAAAUCAUACAAUUGUUUUCUCAAAAUAUUCCGUCUUGUGAUUUUUUCAGCGUUAACAAAAUUACCUUUUAUUUUUUUUUCUUUACGUUGCUAUUGGCCUAUUAUUUGGUUUUACAAUAUGGUUGAAAUAAUAAAUUAUAAUUGUAAUCAGUAAUCACUGACUGAGAAGAAGUUUAAUUAAAAGGAAUCGAUUUGAGUCACUGAUCCAAAAGAAGAGACGAUUACCGACUAUUACUAUUCAUUAUAAAGUAUAUUAAUAUUUAUUACUAUAA